CCCCUUACCCCCCCCUACCCCCCCCCCUCUCCGCUCGGUCUCUGUCAGUGCGGUGGCUGCGCCGGGAAACAUGGCGUCGGAGGGGAUGAUUUUAACGAACCACGACCACCAAAUCCGCGUCGGGGUCCUCACAGUGAGUGACAGUUGCUUCAGGAACCUUGCCGAGGAUCGUAGUGGGAUAAAUCUUAAAGAUCUGGUCCAAGACCCUUCUUUGUUGGGUGGGACUAUAUCUGCAUACAAGAUAGUGCCAGACGAAAUAGAUGAAAUCAAGGAGACGCUGAUAGAUUGGUGUGAUGAAAAGGAACUCAAUUUGAUUUUAACAACUGGAGGAACAGGGUUUGCACCACGAGAUGUCACUCCAGAGAAAUUCCCAACAUUCCCAUUAUGUGGGCUCCAGAGAGGGGCCACUAAAGAAGUAAUAGAACGAGAAGCCCCUGGUAUGGCCCUGGCAAUGCUGAUGGGAUCACUUAAUGUUACUCCUUUGGGUAUGCUCUCUAGACCUGUGUGUGGAAUCAGAGGGAAGACUCUCAUAAUUAAUUUGCCAGGUAGCAAGAAAGGGUCACAGGAAUGCUUUCAGUUUAUACUGCCAGCCCUACCUCACGCCAUUGAUCUUUUGCGAGAUGCCAUUGUAAAAGUAAAGGAGGUGCACGAUGAGCUUGAAGAUCUACCUUCACCACCACCUCCUCUUUCUCCUCCUCCAACCACCAGCCCUCACAAGCAGACAGAAGACAAAGGAGUACAGUGUGAGGAAGAGGAGGAAGAGAAGAAGGAUAGUGGAGUUGCCUCAACAGAGGAUAGUUCUUCUUCACAUAUAACGGCAGCAGCCAUUGCAGCUAAGAAGCAUCCAUCCUACACCAGUUCAGCUGUUAUCAUGGCAAAAGGUGAACAGCCCAUCCCUGGUCUCAUCAGUUAUUGCCAUCACGCUGCAGGCAGUGCAGGAGAUCCGAUUCCAGAUUCCAUCAUCUCUCGUGGUGUUCAGGUGCUCCCACGUGAUACAGCCUCCCUCAGUACUACUCCUUCAGAAUCUCCUCGUGCCCAGGCCACCUCUCGUCUCUCCACUGCAUCCUGCCCGACACCAAAAGUCCAGUCUAGGUGCAGCAGCAAAGAGAACAUCCUCAGAGCAAGUCACAGUGCUGUUGACAUUACCAAGGUAGCAAGAAGACACCGCAUGUCUCCAUUCCCAUUGACAUCUAUGGACAAGGCCUUCAUCACAGUUCUGGAGAUGACCCCAGUGCUUGGAACAGAAAUCAUCAAUUACAGAGAUGGAAUGGGACGAGUCCUUGCUCAAGAUGUAUAUGCAAAAGAUAAUCUACCACCAUUUCCAGCAUCAGUAAAAGAUGGCUACGCUGUCAGAGCUGCUGAUGGCCCAGGAGACCGAUUCAUCAUAGGGGAAUCCCAGGCUGGUGAGCAGCCAACUCAGACUGUGAUGCCUGGUCAGGUAAUGCGUGUUACAACUGGUGCUCCAAUUCCAUGUGGUGCUGAUGCAGUGGUGCAAGUGGAAGACACAGAGCUCAUCAGGGAAUCAGACGAUGGCACUGAAGAACUAGAGGUUCGAAUCCUGGUGCAGGCUCGACCAGGCCAAGAUAUCAGACCUAUAGGACAUGACAUUAAAAGAGGUGAAUGUGUGCUGGCUAAAGGAACCCACAUGGGUCCAUCUGAGAUUGGCCUCUUAGCAACUGUUGGAGUAACUGAAGUAGAAGUUAACAAGUUUCCAGUGGUUGCAGUCAUGUCAACAGGGAAUGAGCUACUGAAUCCUGAAGAUGACCUCUUGCCAGGAAAGAUUCGGGACAGUAACCGUUCAACUCUCCUAGCUACCAUCCAAGAACAUGGCUAUCCAACAAUCAACUUGGGAAUCGUAGGAGAUAAGAAGCCAGAUGUUUUUAAAGAAGAAGGCACACAGAGCUUCCAGAACACUGCGGAGACAGGCCUACCAGAUUGCCCAGAUGAUUUACUGAAUGCACUGAAUGAGGGUAUCAGCCGUGCUGAUGUGAUCAUUACAUCAGGAGGUGUAUCUAUGGGGGAAAAGGACUAUCUUAAGCAGGUGCUGGAUAUUGAUCUUCAUGCACAGAUUCACUUUGGCAGAGUUUUUAUGAAACCAGGCCUGCCAACAACUUUUGCAACUCUGGAUAUUGAUGGCGUAAGAAAAAUAAUCUUUGCCCUCCCAGGCAACCCUGUGUCAGCUGUUGUCACCUGCAAUCUUUUUGUUGUUCCUGCACUGAGGAAAAUGCAGGGUAUCCUGGAUCCUCGGCCCACCAUAAUCAAAGCCAGGUUAUCAUGUGAUGUAAAAUUGGACCCCCGCCCAGAAUAUCACCGGUGCAUACUGACUUGGCAUCACCAAGAACCACUACCUUGGGCACAGAGUACAGGGAAUCAGAUGAGCAGUCGUCUGAUGAGUAUGCGCAGUGCCAAUGGACUGUUGAUGCUACCUCCAAAGACAGAGCAGUAUGUGGAGCUUCACAAGGGGGAGGUGGUGGAUGUCAUGGUCAUUGGAAGGCUAUGAUGUCACCAGCAAGAUCGAAGCUUUGAUGCAUGUCCACAUAUCAUUGACUGUAUCCUGUAAUAUGCAAUGGCACAGCUAGUUUUUCUGAAUUGGAUAAAAGUUGAUCAGUAUAGUCAACAUCUUGAAUUAUAUUUCAAAUGGAAUUUAAAUAAAUACCUUUUAAAAAAAAAACUUUAAAACAAAUCUUAACAAAGAAGUUUAUUCUGAUUAUAUCAAAGCAACUUUUUCCUUUCCUUGCAAUUGCUUUGUGUGUUCAAUGCUAGUUCUAAUAGCGGUAGCUUUUAGUGGACAGCAGUAGGUGCCUGCAGAACUUGUGUUUUUUCUCAUCUUUAAGAUACAACUACUUAUGCUCUUAAAACAAGGCUGUCUGCUUAUUUAUACUAGCGUAGACAACACUUGGAUUUCCCUUAUUAGUAUGCUUCAUAACCGCUUCACAGAGAGCUUCUGCUUGUUCUUUAUCUUGUAUCUCGUGUUGAUGUGCACAGUGCCAAAAGCAGAGUGGCUGCGCUGGGAACCCGAUGAAGCCCCGAGGUUUCCUCACCUCGCCGCGCGUUCAGGGAUCUCUCUUGUCCCAGCAGCCACCCAGCUCAGUACUCUUGGGCAGUAACUGGAUACCUUUUAUUUCAACGAAGAAAAAAAAUUGCUUCCUUAAGUGCUGACAGCCUUUUUAACCAAUACAUUUAAAAAUGUACAGAACUAAAAACUUAAAAAAAAUCAAAGACUGAUCUUGUACAGAUAUUAGUGUUACCAGCAUUCGUGUGGAAAUUAAAUGAGUAAAGAAAUAAAACUAAUGUUAAACAACUCUGUACCAUAACAUUUUCUGUAAUGAUAUUGAAACUCAAAUGAAUAAAAAAAAUCCUCAAUCAUUAUUUAAAA